AUAUGGCACGAUUGUUGGAAAAUAAUUAGGAAAUCAACGCGAAGACAAACACGACGUUUGAGAGAGCGAAAAAACAGUGAAAAACCCAAGUUAAAACAAACCCCUUCUCGAAACCAAUUACAUUAAAUUGUGAAAAACCUAAACGGCUAAGUGUUUUCUAACAUUGCAAAAGGAAAUCUCGGCGAUAAACCUCAAUAAUUAAACAGACAAAAUGUCGCUAUUCGGCUCAUUAAUGGGUGACUUCGAUGAUGAUAUCUUUGGAAACCACAUGAACGCCAUGAACAUGCAAAUGCGUUCCAUGAACCGUUUGAUGAAUUCAUUGAUGCCCGAUCCAUUCAAUAUGCUGACACCCUUUGAUCCCGGUUUUCAACAGAACGCCUUGAUGGAACGUCAAAAUGGCCCAGCAAUGGGUGGCCUGUUCGGCUUUCCAGCCAUGGGACCAAUGAUGAUGCCCAAUAUGAAUCGUUUGCUGAGUGCAGAUAUUGGUAACAAUGGUGCCUCGUUCUGUUCAAGUUCCGUCAUUACCAUGUCUUCAGGACCCGAUGGAAGACCACAAAUUUAUCAGGCUACCAGCAGUACUAAAACCGGCCCAGGGGGCAUACGUGAAACCCGUCGCACCGUACAAGAUUCCGUCAAUGGUGUCAAGAAAAUGGCCAUUGGUCAUCAUAUUGGUGAGAGGGCUCACAUUAUUGAAAAAGAACAGGACAUACGUUCCGGCCAGCUGGAGGAACGUCAAGAAUUCAUCAAUCUCGAUGAAGAUGAAGCCGAGGAUUUUGAUCGUGAAUUUACCACCAAGGCUAGUGGCGGACGUAUGGGACAACGGGCCAUUGGUGGUGUGCCCGGAGCAGCACCACACCAACAAACUUUAACCAUUGAACCAAUAGACGAUGAUGACGACGAUGAGGUUAUUGAAACUACAGCUGCGGCCGCACAUCACAGUCAUCCACAGCAUAGACCAUCCUCGUCGUCGGGUUCACACAAUCGUAGAUACUUGCCAGCAUUACCUGCACCACCACCACAACACCAACAACAACACCCAUCAUCACAUCAAAAUAGCUCCUCGUCCUCCUCCUCUACUGCUACAACAACAGACGAGUCAAGAAAAUCCACGGACAAUACUUUGCCAUCAUCAUCCAAUAAAUUGAGACAAAUUGACUCCAACGGCCGAUCUUUAAGCCACGGUACCGCCGCUGCCGCCGCCGCUACAUCCACCAGCAACACUACAUCGCCCUAUAUAUCAACAACACCUCGACGUUUGUCCUCUGCCUAUCGCAGUGGCAGCAGCCAUGUUAGUGGUGUCUCACCGCGCCGUCCCCUAAGAACUCCACCAUCAUCGCCAUUGGCCACAACACCAACAAUGCAUAAUCACAGUACCACAACAUCGCCAAGCGUUCAUCCACAUCCCUAUAAUUCUUCAGCGGCCAGGCGUUCACAUCAUCAUCAUCAUAAUCACCACAACCAUCAUCAUCACCGCUCCAAACAUGGCGCCAAGCAUACGAGCAGUUCUCCAGCUCCAGCCGCAGCAGCAGCACCAACAAAUAGUAAUAACAAAUCUUCAGAAGAAUCCAACAAUCAAAACUAAUUCAAAUCGCAGGAAGAAGGCAAAGGGAGAUAUGGCAAGAAGACCUUGGGAGAAUAUGUGGAUUAUCAAUAUUAACAAAAAAAAAAAAAAAAAAAAACCCUUUAGCAUAGUUGUGUAAUGUUUUGUAUGGAACAGCAAACAAAAACAAGCAGCCCCAGAUGAUGGAAUUGGAUUUCGUUUACCUUUCAGUUAUCUCUUUAUUUGUAUGGCAAGACAUCACUUAAGCGUAUAAAAACAAACCCCCCUACCAGAUAAGAUGACCCAAUGCUAAACCCAUAACAAAAAAUAAUAAAGAGAAAUAAAGCAACCAUCCCCCAGAAGAGGAGGUAGAAGAAGAAGAAGAGAAAACAGGCGAACGAACAGCAGUAUCCAGCAUACAUAAUAUGUUUUAUUUUUAAUUACUUUAGAAUUUUAGCUUUAUAAACAAAACAAAAAACGUAUAUAUUUACCAAACCACCCCCUCUCCACUCCCCUCCUACCACCCCCUAUUAAUGUAAUCUCCUUUUUCUCAUUUAAAUCAUAUGUUGCAAAAAACAAGAAAUUUCCAAUCUUAAAACAAUGACCAUUACUACAGACACCUCGUCUCUGUGGAGCAAGUACAACAAGAAAACGAUAUCAAGUUGUGUUGGGUAGGACAGAAUUUAUGGUUAUUUGAAUUCCAUUUUUAAGUAGAAUGCAGUUGAAAACAAACAAAACAAAUGAAUUCUCUUCAUUGGCCUUAUGUUGAUAUUUUUGUUUUUAAUUUUAAUUCCCAUGCCUUUAUAAUUUAAUUUUUUUUUUUGGAUUUCUAAUUGUUCUGGUGGCAAAAUCGGAAAAUUUGUUUAAAUCUUGAAAUUCAAUUUGUAAUAUUCAUUUCAUUUUCUCAGAAGAAUUGUUUAAAUCUUGAAUUUGUGAUUUUCAUUUCCUAUUGUGUUUUUUUUUUUACUUUUUGUAUUUAUCAAAAUAAUUGUCAAUUUUCUUAUAAAUCCUUUUUUUUUAAUUGAAUUCAUAGCGUUAUAUCUUGAAUUUUUUUUGAAUUUAAUUUAUAUUCUUUAUAUUUUUAUGUUUCUUAUUUUUUACCAUUAUUAUUAUUUCCCAUAAGAAAUUUUGAAGAUAUCCCUUCAUUAUUUUUGUUUUUUUCAAAUCUAAUAAUAAUUGAUAUAAAAAACUAGUUUAAAGAAGAAUAAGAAGUCGAAGAAGAAGAAGAAGAAGCAGAAUAAACACCCUAUUCGAUAAAUAUAUCAAUUUAAAUCUAAACGAAA